AUGGCUGCUUCCAAUGGAAAUUCUUCAGGUUAUUUAACACUCUUCCCACAGCCCCUCCGCUCAUACAUUUUCUCAAAACUCUCUAGCCUUUUCAGUACCCCUUUCUCCUCCAUAACUCUCGUCAUAGAAGAGUUCUCCGGUGCCGCACGCAACCAGGUCUACGCCACCGCCGAGGUCUACCUCCGGACCAUCAACAACAUUGCUCCUUCCACUCACCGCUUCCGUGUUGGAAAAAAUAUCCGGCAAAAGAACGUCAGCCUCGCCCUUGACAACAACGGACAGCUCGAAGACGCCUUUGACAAUGUGAAUCUGACGUGGCGUUUCAAGGUGAGGAAGGAAAAGUCUGGUGUUGAACAGCGUCAGUUCGAGCUGAGCUUCCACAAAAAACACAAAGACAAAGUGAUGGAGUCCUACUUCCCCUACGUACUUGCUAGGGCUGACGCCAUCAAAGAAGAGCAAAGGGUUGUGCAGCUUUAUUUCCGCCAUUUAAUGUCUGAUAUUGAUUUCAAAGGCAGGUGCACAUGGGGUUCGGUGAAUCUGGAGCACCCGUCUACGUUCGACACGAUGGUGAUGGACCCUGAGACGAAGAAGAUGAUUGUGGAGGAUUUGGAGAGGUUUGUGAGGAGGAGGGAGUUUUACAAGAAGGUGGGGAAGGCUUGGAAAAGAGGCUACUUGCUGUACGGUCCGCCCGGGACCGGAAAAUCCAGCUUGAUUAUGGUUAAUUAUCUCAAGUUUGAUGUGUAUGAUUUGGAGCUCACUAGCAUUCAAAACAACAAUGAGCUGAGGAGGAUUUUGUUGUCCACGACAAAUCGUUCGAUUUUGGUAAUUGAGGAUAUCGAUUGCUCUGUGGAUAUGCAGAACCGGGAAUCGAAUAAAAGGUCUCAAGAUAUCUCUCAACGAUCUACUUCUAACAAGUUGACACUUUCAGGCCUACUGAAUUUCACCGAUGGGCUGUGGUCGAGCUGCGGCGACGAGAGAAUUAUCGUGUUCACAACAAACCACAAGGAUCAGCUAGACCCUGCAUUGUUGCGUCCAGGUCGAAUGGACCUGCACAUUUACAUGUCCUAUUGCACCGCAGCUGGGUUCAGGAUCUUGGCCUCCAACUACCUUGGCAUUCAAGAAAACAACCGUCAUCGCCUCUGCGGAGAAAUUGAAGCGCUGAUAGAGAGCACAGAGAUUACCCCGGCAGAGGUUGCUGAGGAACUGAUGAAAAAUGAUGAUCCUAAUGUGGCUCUUCAAAGACUUGUCAAUCUGCUCAAAUGAAAGAAGGCCGCCAAGAGCAAUGAAACGGAGGAUUAAGGGAAAGCAAGGAGAUUAAGGUUCAGAGGAGUAAUUAAUUAAGCUAGUUUUCUUUCAUCUAUGCUUUUAUAGACAUCAACGUUAAUUUCAUGUCGUAUCAGUUUGAACCUGGGAUUAGUAAUCCAUCUGUUGUUCAUAUGUGCCCGAAUUUGGUUAGUUCGUUUGAACUUAAUUAAGCUAACAGAAAGUUAAUCAUGAGGUUGU